AUGGCGGAGUCCGACAAAAAUAUCGAGCAGUGGAAGAUCAAGCAGCUCAUACGCUCGCUGGAGGCAGCCAAAGGAAAUGGAACGAGCAUGAUCAGCCUCAUCAUCAGACCCAAGGAUGAAAUUCCGAGGAUCACCAAGAUGUUGGCGGAUGAGUACGGUACCGCGUCCAACAUCAAGUCGCGGGUCAACAGGCUGUCUGUGCUCGGCGCCAUCACCUCCACGCAGCAGAAGCUGAAGCUCUACAAUCGCACGCCACCCAACGGGUUGGUGCUAUACUGCGGGACCGUCAUCACGGACGACGGCAAGGAGAAAAGGGUCUCACUCGACUUCGAGCCCUUCAAGCCGAUCAACACCUCGCUAUACCUCUGUGACAAUAAGUUCCACGUCGAGGCGCUCAAGGAGCUGCUGGAGUCAGACGACAAGUUCGGGUUCAUCAUCAUGGACGGUAACGGCGCGCUAUACGGCACGCUGCAGGGGUCCUCCAAGGAGAUCCUGCACACCUUCACCGUCGACCUGCCCAAGAAGCACGGCAGGGGUGGUCAGUCCGCGCUACGUUUCGCGAGGCUGCGUAUGGAGCGCAGGCACAACUACGUGCGAAAGGUCGCAGAAAAUGCCGUGCUCAUGUUCAUCACCAACGACAAGGUCAACGUCACGGGGCUCAUCCUGGCGGGUAGCGCCGACUUCAAAAACGACCUCAUGGCCUCCGACAUGUUCGACCCACGCCUCUCGGCGAAGGUUCUCAAGAUCGUCGACGUUUCUUAUGGAGGCGAAAACGGUUUCCAGCAGGCCAUCGAACUCUCCGCGGAGUGCCUCAGCAACGUGAAGUUCAUACAGGAGAAGAAACUUAUCAUGCGCUUCUUCGAGGAAAUCUCACAGGACACGGGCAAGUACGUAUUCGGCGCCAAGGAGACCAUCAACGCUCUGGAAAACGGCACCGUCGAGACGCUCAUCGUCUACGAGGCGCUCGAGGUCAUGCGCGUCGUCCUCAAACACCCGCAGACGGGCGAGGAGACCGUGCUGUUCCUCACAAACGACCAGGAGCGCAGGGACGAAUACUUCAAGGACACCAAAAACAACGUCGACCUGGAGACCAUCGAUCGCAAGCCCCUGACGGAGUGGAUUGUCGAGAAUUACUCCAACUACGGCGCAGCGUUGCACUUCGUCAGCAACAAGUCGCAAGAGGGAGCGCAGUUCCACAUGGGUUUCGGAGGGAUUGGAGGUUUCCUCAGGUACAAAAUGGACAUGGCGGAGUAUUACGACGACCAGAUCGAGGAUGACGACGACAACUUUAUGUGA